AUGUUCGGAAAGACAGUUAUAAUUCUAUCUGCGAUAGCUCUUACUCAAGCAGGACUCAUACAUUAUCCCCAAGUUCAUGUAGCAGAUUCUAGCGAUAAGGAUUACUAUGCCUACCCCAAAUACAAGUUCAACUAUGGAGUAAAGGACCCUUUGACAGGAGAUAACAAGUCACAGUAUGAGGAAAGAGAUGGGGAUACUGUUAAAGGAAGCUACUCGGUCGCUGAACCUGAUGGUACCCUUCGCACUGUGACCUACACUGCCGAUUCCCAUAAUGGCUUCAACGCUGUUGUUGAGAAAUCCGGACAUGCUUCGCACCCCCAAAUCUAUGCAAAAGAAGUACCCUCAGUUGCUAUUUAUGCUGCAGAACCUCUAGUUCAUCACUAAUCUUC